GUGAAUCCCCCUCCCCCCUAGACAGCAGGAGCCGUCGUCGCCCAAACUAGACUGUAGCAAUGUUCCGGCUCAUGAUAACUCAAGCCAAGAAGCACCCAAGUCUGAUUCCUCUAUUCUUCUUCAUUGGACUUGGAACUACGGGUGCUGGGCUUUACCUGUCACGUCUGGCAAUGUUCAGCCCUGACGUUUGCUGGGACAAAAAGAACAACCCUGAGCCAUGGAAUAAAUUGGGUUAUAAUCGGCAAUACAAGUUUGUUGCCAUAAACACUGAUUAUAAACAGCUGCAGAAGAAUGGUCCUGACUUCUGAAUGAUUGUCAAAAUGCCUUGCUACCUUUGCUGAAAUAGCAAGAUCUUUGAGAGCUAGAUGCAAAACACAUUGUGCCUUAAGUGAUUACAUUUAUUGAUCAUGUGUUCUUUUAAUAUUCACAAAAAGUGUAAGGCUUAGUAACUUGCUUUAUGCUCACUUUGAUUUUUAAAACAAAAUAUCCUGUUUUGAUCAAAUGUGCUUGCUGUGAUUGUUACACAUAUGUUAUAUGGAUCAAGCAUCAAUAAAACUUUAAAAUUCUCCUUGAUACACUCUACUUUCAGAAUGCUGUAAUGUUACAUAGAAAAGUGAGGUAUGUUUAUCUGAAUUAAGUGGUAAUUUAUAGACAACUAGUAAUUUCAAUUCUUGAAUUUGAAAUAUCAUUGGAUUUUAGGUUCCUGUAGUUAACAAAAAUAUGAUAUACAGUACCUAAACUCCAGGCUGUAAAUUGUGCCUAUGUAAAACUGUCCAUGGAAAUGUGUAUGAGAGCAUGAAAUAUUACAAUGUAAUUGAGCCAACAGAAUAAAUAAAAUAUAUAUUGUCA